CAAAGUGACAGUAGCAAAGUAAACAGAUAAUGUAGAAUACAGAUGAUAUAAACAUGUAUUUUGUCGCUAAUCGGCAGUUGUCCUUUCAGAAACGUUGCGAAACCGUCGCUUCCGCUUCCCCGGCGCGGCUGCCGGGAACGCGCAGGAGGUCUUGAACGUGCCCCUGGUGCCUCAUUGUGCAGCGGAGGAAACAUCGGCAGCUUCCGACGACGUCGCUGUGAAAUGGCAGAAAGUGCUGGUGUCACGGAAGCGCAGAGAUUAGGUUGCGUAUGAGCCACACAUGCAGAUCUGCGGGUGAUCCCGGCCUGUGAGUGCGAGGGUAAAGGGACCACAUCCGGAGGAAAAGAGGGAUUACUCCGCUGCUUCUCCGCACAAACAGACGGGUGGGAAACAGACGCGGCCGGGUUGUGUCUCCAGCAGUGGACUGACGGCGGCUCGACGCUGGUGGAAUCAACCGGAGAGGGGUCGCGAGAGGAGAGCUCCACUUGGAUGCCCAGUCACAGUGUUUGUCCAAGGCUUCACAAUGAACCGGAACAAGCGUGAAAAGGAGUACUACAGUAUAGAUGUGGGCGAUUCAACAUUCAUGGUUUUAAAGCGCUACCAGAACCUCAGACCCAUUGGAUCUGGAGCACAGGGAAUCGUGUGUUCAGCGUACGAUCACAACUUGGAGAGGAACGUCGCAAUUAAGAAGCUGAGUCGGCCCUUUCAGAAUCAAACCCAUGCCAAGCGGGCCUACAGAGAACUGGUGCUCAUGAAAUGUGUCAACCACAAGAAUAUUAUCGGCUUAUUAAACGUAUUCACACCACAGAAGACACUGGAAGAAUUCCAAGAUGUGUAUCUGGUGAUGGAGCUGAUGGACGCCAACCUCUGCCAGGUGAUUCAGAUGGAGCUGGACCACGAGAGGCUGUCCUACCUGCUUUACCAGAUGUUGUGUGGAAUCAAACACCUACAUGCCGCGGGCAUCAUACACAGGGACUUGAAGCCCAGUAACAUUGUGGUGAAGUCUGACUGUACUCUCAAGAUCCUGGACUUUGGCCUGGCCAGAACAGCCGCCACGGGCCUCCUCAUGACGCCCUACGUGGUCACCCGCUACUACCGUGCUCCUGAAGUCAUCCUGGGCAUGGGCUACCAGGCCAAUGUGGAUAUUUGGGCUGUGGGCUGCAUAAUGGCAGAAAUGGUUCGCCACAAAAUCCUUUUUCCAGGGAGGGAUUAUAUCGACCAGUGGAACAAGGUCAUCGAGCAGCUCGGGACGCCAUCUCAGGAGUUCUUGAUGAAACUCAACCAGUCUGUGAGGACUUACGUGGAGAACCGGCCACGGUACGCCGGCUACAGCUUCGAGAAGCUCUUCCCUGACGUCCUGUUUCCUGCAGACUCUGAACACAACAAACUCAAAGCGAGCCAAGCCAGAGAUCUAUUAUCCAAGAUGCUGGUAAUCGAUGCAUCAAAACGGAUCUCAGUGGACGAGGCUCUCCAGCACCCGUACAUCAACGUGUGGUACGAUCCGACUGAAGUGGAGGCACCACCACCAGCGAUCACAGACAAGCAGCUGGAUGAACGAGAGCACACAGUGGAGGAGUGGAAAGAGUUGAUAUACAAAGAGGUGCUGGACUGGGAGGAAAGGACAAAGAAUGGCAUCAUCAGGGGACAGCCAGCGUCCAUAGGUGCAACAGUGAGCAGCAGCCCCCCCCAGCACCACCCUUCCUCCUCGUAGGCAUCCUUCCCCCCUCCAUGUCCACCCACCUGACCCUGACCGAUGCUGACGGCAGCCUGGAGACGGCCCGCACCGCCACCGCUGCUGCUAUGGCCACCGGCCCCCUGGGCUGCUGCAGAUGACUAUCGUCUACACCUCCUCCUGGUCCCAGGCUGGGCCACGCCCCCUGGUCACCUCUGACCGUUCAGCCUGACGCAGGCUUUAGGCCCCGCCCCCUGCAUCUGAGUCCUCCCACCUCCUCCCUGUGCUCGUCUUCAGUAGUGUAGUGAUUAGCCAGCUAGCUGUUAAAGAAAUAUUUCUGAAAGGACAGAUCAUUUUUCUUUUUUUUUUAAUGAGUUAUAGUCCUUUAUUUUUAAAUUAGGAGGGUUUUUUUGUCCUAGCUGUAAUUUAUUGUGGCAUUUCUUAAUUUUUCAGAAACCUAAGAUGAUGAUAAGAGAAUUUUUAUGAUUUCACUACGUUCCGGUUUGUAUUAACCGACAGUGAGAGUUUUAAGAAAUAUCUGUUUAAUGUGAUUUAUUUUUCUGUUGAAAGUCAUUUGUUUUCACUUGCUUUUACAACUUGCCAUAUAAAUGUAGACAGAGUUUGUACAGAUUUUAUGGUAGAUGUAGUUUUAUCUAUGAGUUUGCAGUGAGCCAUUGAGACAUAAUUUUAUUGACAAAAGUAUGGUCUAAGUACUCCCCUUACCUUAUGUCACGUUAUAUGGAUAUUGUUUUAAAUGCAUAUGGCAUAUGCAUUUAUUUAGAUGACCGAGGUCACUUGGAUUUAUUUGUAAAACAUUUUUUUCUUGUGAGUCACUACUACAGCCUACAUUGUAAAUUUCAUCUUAAUGAAAUCUUUUAAAUUUUUUUCCUUCCUCACUUCCUGUUUAGUCAGAAUUUGAAAAAUCUUGAGAUAUUCUUUCAGCAUAUGAUUCAUUUUACAAUCUACACUUGAGAUAUGGGAUGGAUAAUGGAACAGUGAGGCCCAGCAAGAUACUUUGGAACAUUUUGACGACUGUGCGUUUUUAAGUGCUUUAAAGUACCUCCUCUCUUGUCUGCAACAGGCAGUGGGACAUUGUGGAAGUGAAGUAGUGGUGUUGCUUUGGAGAACUGGAUGCACGGAGCUGCCUCAAGUUCUCCUCUGGUUUGCUUUGACAUGAGGGACUAGAAUGUUUUUUUUGUCGUGCUUCGGGAGGUUUGUUUGAGAGACGUAGCGUUGUGCGUUGGUUUUAAAAUCGGUGACGGUGUUAAGUAGAGUGUGCUUCAGUCAAGUAGGGAAUUGUGAUAUUGAGAACGCGUGUGAACAUGUUGGUAUUAAGUGUCUGGGAGAGAUUUGCGAUUAUGCAGCCUGAUGGUGUGACAAGAUGUCUGCUUCCUACCACCAGAUGCUGUUAUUAGUAAUGUACUUUUGUGAGUUUGAAAAAUCAAAAGUGAUCUUUUUUGUCUAAAAGUUGGCCAAACACUUAGCUUACCAGACUUGCCUGCAAUUGUGAAUUAAAGAACCUAAAUCUUUGCAUGUUGAAACAGCAGCACAAACGAGCCGAGUAAAAGGAAACGUUAUUCUUACUGUAUGCAAUAAUAGUGCCCUUUUUAAGUGUUUUUGAUUUGUUUUGAAAGGAAAAGUGCCUGUUUGUCAUUCAUUCCUGAGUACGUGGGAGGAAGUGUAUUCAUUACGUGUAGGUUUUUAUUGGAUAACAGUAGUAGUGUCCAUAUCAAACCGAUAAUGUAUGAUGGGGUUGUAGUUCUCACAAAUGUAUUGUAUAUUUUUCUACUUGUUUUGCUUUUGACCCUUGGGGCAGGAAGACUGUGGUGUCUUGCAGGGUAAAGAAAGUGGCGAUGUAUGCGGCGAGAUGCUUAAGCAUGUGUUUGAGUCAUUUCAGAAGAAAGGGCAGUUUUAUCAAGGUCUUUCAUCAAAGUAAUACAAAAAGCGAUUUCUUUGCAGUGACAGCAACUGAAAUUAAUUUUAAUUACACUUUUUCGGCUCCUUUUUGAUGAAUAAUUAAAUGUGAUGAUUGUAAAAAUAAAAAAAAGAAAAAUGAACCGAAAUGUUCAGAUUUGAAGUUAAACUACUGCAGCAAAUGAAAUGAGAGAAUUCUAUUAUAUUGUCAGUAUUUUCUGGAUGGUUUUGGAUGUUAAUAGUUAAAACACAGAUUUAUGUUGUCGACCUUUGAAGAUCAUGAUCAUUGUGGUCAUAAAUUAGUAAAUCAAAGGAUUUGACGAUAUUUAAUAUUUUUGCUCUGUGCACCAUUGAGACGUUACGUAGCCGUUUCGCCUGCUCAAAAUGUUUGCGUAACUAAACUUCCUUUCUGCGAGAGGCAGAUUAUGGAUGCAUCUGUCACAGGUUGUAAGCAUGUGUGAUGGAUUUUGAAAGAAGAGGCUUAAACGUCAGUACGCUAUGAUUAUCUAAACGUGUAACACAGAGAGUACCUCUGUCUAGAACCUGUCUUGGUCCCUGACAUGGACAUGUACCCACUAAACUAACUCUGUAGGUUGUCUGUAGCUUUGUGCUCAGCUUCACUGACUUGUAUUUAAUGACGGCUGUAGAGCUGAAGUAACCGUUCACGUACAACUGGACUUGCACCAGCUAUUUGGGAAUCCAUUACCAAAUAGAAGUCUGUGUUAUUCCUUGUAAUUUACUAAAUCGGGUUGCACCUAUAAAACAGCUGCCAAAAGUACUUUGUUGCACUGUAGUGAAAUCAGUGUUAAUAUUACAAAGCUGUAAGAUUUGAGGCUUCUUCUUAAAGGCAGACAGUUAAGUAUUUAGAUUUGAAAAUGAAUUUGUAUGUUGUAGAAAGUG